AUGCCUCCAAGAAAACAACCAGCAGGUGCCUGGGGCAAUCGUCCUCCCCAGGCUCAAGCCCCUCGAGCUCCAGCGCCCGCAGCACCCGCAGCACAGGCGCCAGCGUCUACUUUCCGGCCGCCCCCUGGCCACAUUCAGACGGUCGGCGCGAAACGUCCUGGCCAUGGCACGAAAGGCCGACGCUUUUUAAUCAAUGUCAAUUCUUUCACGAUCGACUUCCCCGACGGAUUUAUCUUCCACUACGAUGUCAUCUCAAGCGAUAAGCCCCUGCCCUUGGGCCUCAACAUGGACAUCAUUAGUGCGCUCCAGCAAGCUGAACCGAAGAUCUUUGAGAAUAACCCGGCCUCGUUCGAUGGACGCAAGAAUAUGUAUACCGCUGCAGAAUUGCAGCUUGAUGGUGAUGGACGAGAGUUUGAUGUGUACCUCCCCAACACAGCUGUAAUCUCCCAACCCAAGGUGUACAAGGUCCGCAUUGCCCUUGUUGCUAAGAUCAACAAUGAAAUUCUUCAUCGCUUUGUCAAGGGGAAACAAUCAGAGGACAGCACCGUCAGCACUGGGCUCCAGGCACUCAACAUUGUCAGCCGCAUGGAUCCAUCCUCUAAGUACCGUUCAAAAGGGCGCUUUUUUUACACCCUUGACAACUCUCUCGAUCUUCGUAAUGGCCUUAUUGCAGUGCGAGGCUACUUCCAGUCGAUCCGACCAGGGCAAGGCCAGAUGCUUCUCAAUAUCGACAUCUCAACUGGUGUCAUGUAUAAGGCUGGUCCCUUGAUCAACCUUUGCCUCUUAUUCCUCAGAGAAAGAUCACCCCAAUCUCUGACUUCAGCUCUUAAUGAGCGCCAACGCCUCCAACUCAGCCGCUUCCUCGUUGGGGUCCGUGUAAAGACCAAGGAUGCUGGCAACCCUAACAAUGAGCGAACCCGUGUUAUUCGCCGGCUGCAUAAUCAGGGAGCAAAUGAGGUGACAUUUCUUAUGCGGGAGGGAGGCCUGCGGAAGACAGUUGCCCAAUAUUUUGAAGAGACUGCCCAUCGUCGUCUUCAGUUCCCUUCAGUCCUUUGUGUUGAGAUUGGCCAAGGGGCUCUAAUUCCACUAGAGCUUUGUGAGGUUGUGCCAGGCCAGUUGAUCCGUAAAGAGAUACCAGAUGAUAAGAAGAAGGACCUUGUUCGCUUUGCUUCUGUUGCACCUCAGCAGCGACUUCAAGAUAUCCAGAAGGGCUUAGAGGUUCUUGCUCAUGGACAGUCUAAAUAUGUGAUUAAGUUUGGUGUUACUGUUAACCCUCGGAUCAUGCAGCUAGAAGCUCGUCUUCUUGAUGCUCCUCGACUUAUUUAUGGUCAAGGGAGUAAGCAACCUGUUGUUCAACCAAGCAAUGGAAUGUGGAAUAUGGCGGACAAGAAGUUUUAUGAGCCUGUUACAAUUGCAAACUGGUCCUUGAUUAUUCUUGAUCCGGGUUUACCUGCCAAUAAGAAAAAUGAGAUUGCAGCUGGCUUUAUUUCUGGUUGCCGGACUACAGGGAUCACAUUUAUUCGUGAACAACCUGCUACUAUCCAGCAGUUUAGUGCACAAGGUACUCAGGGCUUUAACGAUAGGCUAACAGCAGCUGGAAGAGAAGCAUAUCAAGUGACCAAAAAUGCUCCAACUCUGUUUCUUGUUGUACUUCCAGAUGGAGGUAAUGAUAUCUAUACUGCUGUAAAACACUGGGGAGAUAUUGUAAAGGGUGUUGCUACACAAUGUGUCAAAUCCCGUAACUGUGUUGGGGCCAAUAUGCAAUUCUGGGCAAAUGUUGCAUUGAAAGUUAAUGGGAAAUUGGGUGGAAUCAAUGUCAUUCUUGAUCCAAAUCAGAAUGCCUUGCUAGCAGAUUCCCGUUUCUCUACUGUGGUUCUUGGUGCAGAUGUCAUGCAUCCUGGAGCAGGAACAACAGGCCGGCCAUCCUAUGCUGCUGUUGUUGGCAGUAAAGAUCUGCAUGCAGCAGGUUAUGUGGCAAUCCAUGGUGUACAGCAAUCCCGUCAAGAGCUUAUUACUGAGUUGCGGUCUAUGACCAAGUAUGUCUUGGAGAAGCAUAUCAAUUAUCGCAAGAAUACAGAAAAGGCUUCUGAGGCAGAUGCAAAACCUAAGCGACUUAUGUUCUUCCGAGAUGGAGUUUCUGAGGGUCAAUUCCAACAAGUUCUUGACUUUGAGCUCCCAUCCAUCAAGGAUGCAUGCAGGGACCUCGGCAUAUCUCCCGCAAUCACACUUGUUGUCGUCGGGAAGAGACACCACAACCGGUUUUUCCCUCAAAACAAUAAGGAUGCAGACAAAAGUGGCAACUGCCGUGCGGGGACUGUUCUCGACCGUGGAAUUGGCCAUCCGACCAUGUUUGACUUUUACCUGCAGAGCCAUGGGGGCUUGCUUGGUACGAGUCGCCCUGCACAUUAUUCUGUGCUAUAUGAUGAUAACAAUUUGAAUGCCGACGCAAUGCAAUCUUUCUGCUAUGCGCUCUGUCACGUUUACGCUGGCUCGACCCGCUCAGUCUCGAUUCCCCCACCGGUUUAUUACGCCGACAAAGUUUGCGCCCGAGCCAAGAUCCAUUUCGAUCCCUCGAGGCAGGAUACCAACUUCUCGGAAACUGCAUCUACGGCUACUGGGACGACGGCAGCAACGGAGACUCUCGAUGCUUUCAAACGCGACUUCAUGCCGGUGCACAAUCUUCAAUCCGAACGAGCUUAUUUCUCGUAA